AUGUUUCAGAUCACAGAGAUGAGAGUGCAUAUGGAUUGUGCUGGCUGCGAGAACAAGAUAAGGAAGGCUAUUAAGAAACUAGAUGGUGUGGAUGAUAUUGAUAUAGACAUAGCUAUGCAAAAAGUAACAGUUAUGGGAUGGGCAGACCAGAGAAAGGUUCUUAAAGCAGUGAGGAGGACAGGAAGAAGAGCUGAGCUAUGGCCAUACCCUUACAAUCCUGAAUCCUAUAACUUCAACCAACAGUACUAUUAUCAGCAGCAACACGAAACACAAAUAGUUAGUUACUAUGCAAACAAGCCUACCUCUUCAUACAACUACAACAAGCAUGGCUACAGUGACGAAGAGUUUGGUUACUAUCGAAAGCCAGUUUAUUCCACCAUCGUUGAUGAAGAAACUAGUUCCAUGUUCAGUGAUGAAAAUCCUCAUGCUUGCUCCAUCAUGUAA